AGUCGAAAAUGUUGCUGUUGUUAUUUGUCCUUCUUUCUUCUCUGCUGUCCCAAGCAACAGGAACAUGUCCUAGUCCUCUCUCAUCAUGUUACUGUGGUGAAACUACAGUAAUUUGCAAUGAUGCAGGAGUUGGUCUAUCAGUAAUUAAAGAAGCUUUAGUUAACAGCCAAUUCAGAACCACAAUCACUCUCUUGAGCAUUACUCAUUUUACUGAUACAGUUCUUCCUCAGUAUUAUGUGACAGACUUUCCACAACUCCAGAAUUUGGUCCUACAGUCCGGACAAUUGAAUACUAUUGUUCCUGGAGCCUUUGUGAAUGCAUCUAAUCUUCAACAAAUUGAUCUUCGUAACAAUCGUUUGACAUGGAUAUCGGGUGAAAUGUUUGAAGGUGUAACAUCAAAUUUGACGAGACUCCAACUCAAUAACAAUAUGAUAUCACAACUUUUCAGUGAUUUAGUAUCAAUUUUCAAUCUAAUGCCAAAUAUGGCAGGAAGUCAAAUAUCUUUGAAUGGAAACAAUUUGAAUUGCUCAUGUCAACUUCAAUGGCUCAACGAUUUCAUAAUUUUUGGUAAUUCACGGUCCAUUAAUGGAGCAACAUGUACCUAUUCAAAUGGAUCAAGUCAUGUUCUGGGAACUGUGGGUUUAAACUUCACUGAAUGCUUAGACUUGUGCUCACUGGAGUAUUACAGCUGUCCUGCAAACACAACUUGCAUUCCAGUACAGCAAAACAAAACAUAUGAAUGCAUGGCUGAGCAGCAGAUAACACCAUCACCUUCCAUGUUGGAAUCGCCUUCUAUGUCAGUCCUUUCUUCAUCGCUCUUUCCAUUACCAUCUCUCUCCCUCUCAUCACUGGUUUCAACUGAACUCUCAUCAUUUCUACUCAUAUCAAGUACAGAGACUAGUCCUUCUUUGUCUUCGUAUACAUCAUUAUUGUCCUCAUAUGGAUCCACAUCAUCAAACUCGGUCCAUUCAUCAUCAUUAUCAUUGUCAUCAUCAUCAUCAUCAUUGUCAUCAUCAUCAUCAUCAUUAUCAUCCUCUACUAGUACUCCUAGUCCUACAAUGACACCAGUUCCAUUGUGCUCUAUGGAGCAAUGCCAAGUAAACCAGGAGUGCAUGGACUUUGGUUGCAGUUGCUUAAAAUGUCAAUGCGUCUAUCCAUAUGUUCAGACUUUAAAUGGAACGUGUAGCGAGUCGUCUGUUGCUCCUUUAUACUGCGAGACUGAUCAAGCAUUUGGACUGAUGUGGCCUCGAGUGAGCUAUGGUAGCACUGUUUCUUUGCCUUGUUGCUCAUCAGUCAAUUCUGAAUGCAAAACUGCUAAUAGAACAUGCCAGUUUAGUGGCCAGUGGAGCUCUGUUGUUGGACCUAAGUGUGUUUCCCCAGCAAUCCACAGUCUAUCAUCAUAUCUGAUGGUGAAUACAUCAGUUGAUGUAGCUGCUCUUUCUCAAGGGAUACUUGCAGCAGUUCAAUCUGAAUCUCUCCUGCCAGGAGACCUGCCAUAUCUCUCUGACAUCAUACUCCAAAUUGCAAGCUAUGCUAGCACAAUUACAAGCACCGAAACUGUUCAAGCAAUCAUAGAAAGUGUCAGUCAGUUGUUGAGUGAUUCAUACUAUAGCACAUGGCAGGAAGUUGAAAUGCCUUCUCAGUCAAUCACAAAGUUGUUCAAUGCAGUUGAGCAGCUUGGAUUCAACUUGCCACUCUCAAACGGGUCCCUCAAUAUCAGCACUGAUAAUUUGGUUCUUGUAGUUUUAUCUCCAUCGGGAAGUGAGAUGGGGUGGAACUUUUCCUCGAAUCUGUUACAAAACCACACAGGAGGCGUGAGCUCCAUUUUCCUCCCAGGAUCAAUCUUGAUGGACAUUUUUGGAGAUCAGAACCUCUCAGAUUGCGAUGUGAGGCUUGUAGUCUCAAUGUGGGACAUUGACAAUCGACUAUUAGAAGUCAAUUCAUCCAAUGAAUCAUCAACCCCAUCACCCCUGGUACACGGAAGAUGUGAUUGGGGAUCAACAGGUAGUUCUGUAUCAGAGGUGGUCAUGGUUAACAGUAUAGUCAUAACUGCAUCAGUUUAUAGCUCAAACUGUUCACUCAAUAGAACUCGGUUUAGUGAGCCAGUCAGAAUAACUUUGCACCAUACGAACACUACCCUUGACAAUCCAUCGUGCUCUUUUCUUGAUCCUGCCAAUGAUAGAGGUGAUGGCUGGAUAGAUGAUGGCUGUCGUGUUGACACAGUUCACUCAGGAAGCAACUUCACUGUCUGCAAUUGCUAUCACUUGACAACGUUUGCUCUCUUAAUGAGUCCAACAGGAGCUGCUACUGUAAACCAACCACUUCUUAUAGCCACUAAAGUUGGGCUCUGUCUAUCAAUCACUGCACUAUUUAUAACAAUAAUACUUCUCUUUUCUUUGAAGAUUGAGAACGAGCUUAAUCAAAUCCAUCGUCAGCUAGCAUUGGCACUUUGUCUGAGUCAGCUCAUCUUUCUUGUGGGUGUAGACAGGACCUCUGUUCCUUCUCCUGACAUUCUCUGCACAUUCAUUGCAGGCCUACUACAUUACCUGCUUCUCUGUACAUUCUCCUGGCAGCUAGUGGAGGGGGUCCAUCUCUACCUGUUUAUUGUCAGAGUCUUUUAUAACAAAAAAGUAGUUUGGUUGUACUAUCCACUAGCAUGGGGUAUACCAUUGGUUAUAGUUGGGAUUACAAUGGGUGUCAAUUUCUGUGACUAUGGCUCAAUGCACUAUUGUUGGAUCACUAAUGGGAACGGAGCACUCUGGGCCUUUCACAUUCCAGUCAUUAUAGUAAUAAUUAUCAAUUUCAUAGUAUUACUUGCAGUGUCAGUAGUUGUGGCUAGAGCGAGCAAGAGGAAAGACCCAAACAGAUGCACUUUAUGCUCAUUGCUACAAGCAUCAGUUAUACUGGUACCCACUCUUGGUCUAACUUGGGUACUUGGGUUUUUUGUCGUUGGUACUGACUUGUACUCGACUAUAGUCGAAUGGAUAUUCUUUGUGUGUACUACAAUGCAGGGACUGACCCUAUUCGUUAUACAUUGUCUGAUUAGCACGGAGGUUCGAACUGCUUUCCUCCGUGCCAUCGGUUGUCAUCAAGCUGCACGAAAGCAGAAAUCAGUUUUUGAAUUAAAACCAUCAGCUGCUCUGAGCUCCAUUGCCAACUCAGCUGAGCAAUGGAGGAGACGAGUCUCCCUUGGAGGAAGCAGAAGAGGCAGUAUGGAUCCUCCUGCUUCAUCAUUCCAUCCAGCACCUGGUCCAAAUAAUAAAGAGGUGAAUGCUUAUCUGAUUGCAAAAGCAUUGUAUAAGCUUGAAGAGGAAAGCGUGGAAGAUCCAUCAAUGUUUAGCCAGUCUGCUACAGGAACACCGAGAAAAAAUAACAAUAAUAAAACCUCAAAAGUCCGUUUUGAGAAUGAGGAGGAUGCAAGUAGCGAUACAGAGAGCUGCAAGGAUGACAUGCUAAUGAAAGGUCUACUCCAAGCAGAAGAUAUCAGCCGACUGACCAGCAUAGCUGCAUUGGCAGGGUUUAAAGUUGAGAUUGAAACAAGCGAGACUGAAAGUGUUGCUAAUGCAGGGGCUAGUGCUAUAAGCGUUGAACAAAGCUCAUCCGAAGUGACUUUAAAGACUCCUUUACUUCAGGCGCAAUCAACUAAAGGCCCAGCAAAUGGUGACUUGUUGUCUAUAAACAAAGAAGAAUCAAUAGAUAUUGAAACGUUGUGUAAAAGUGAUGAAGAUGAUGACAAAAAUCAGGAGACAAGCACUGAUGAAAAAAUAGCAGAUGAUGAAGCCAGUGAAGAUAAACAGGAUGAAACUGUUGAUGAAACUGUCAAUAAAAUUUGUGAUGAAACUGUUGAUGAAACUAAUGUACUACAAGAGGAGGAAGAGAGCAAAGAUCAUGAAAGAAACUCAAACUGUCCUUCAGAAGAGUUCGAACUAAUUUCCAUUCCAGACCCAAAUGAAUUGGUACUGAAUGAACCUCAUAACAACGAAGAGGUUCUCGUACAUGUGAACGUUGAUACCAGUGGGGCUACUGUCAUCACAAAUGCUAAUUUUAACAAUGAACUGCCAAAUGAAUGAAAAGCUAUAAAAGUUUAAGUGUUGCAUGUAGAUAUUCAGAAAUCUACAAUCACUGUUGUAGCUAUAGUUAAUGUGAAUAGUGUGUUUAAAAAAUUAUUUUGUGAUACAGUCAUUCAAAUAUCCACAACAA